CCGCUUCCGCUCUUUGGAUCAAUUCUGGUGUCAAUUUCGAGAUCGAAAUAUUCUCUGCCCUCAGGAGUGAUGGUUCAGUGGUUUCGGUUUCGCUCAUAUCUGUGCUGA